AUGGCAGCCAAUUACUGGACCUCAACCCAACGCCAGUUCUGGCAUUUUACUCCCUCACAACUCGUGUCCAUUCGAUCAGCUUUGGCCGCCCAGCACGCGGCUGUCAUCAAUCAAUAUCCAACCUCAGACCCUAGGCAUAUUCUCAUCUUCCUCAAGGAUCAACUUCUCCGUCUUUCUCGCCGUCAAUCUCGACAACAAUGUCUGGCCACAACCCUGGUCUACAUACACCGCUAUCUUCUUACCCACCCUCUUCAAACCAUCAAUCCCUACCUUUUGCUCACCACAGCCUUCUAUCUAGCCUCGAAAACUGAAGAAAGUCCUCAUCACAUUCGCGCCGUUCUCGGUGAGGCUCGUCAGUUCUGGCCCGAGUUCCUCCUAGGCGAUGUCUCGCGCAUUGGCGAAAUGGAAUUCUCGCUCAUAUCAGAGAUGCGCUCUCAGCUCAUUAUCUGGCACCCAUAUCGGACGCUGAUCGAGCUGAAAGGCCCUGAAAAGGAAGGUGGACUGGAAUUGAGCAACGAUGAAGUUGGCAUGGCAUGGAGCAUUAUCAAUGACAGCUAUCUCACCGAUCUACCUCUGACUUGUGCUCCUCACACGAUUGCCAUCAUGGCUAUCUUCCUGGCUGUUGCAUUCCAACCAACCAACAAAGUCACGGCUGGGGUUAGUGGAUUACCUACAUUCCAAAUUCCCAGUACACCUAACCCGAUCAUCAACAACACAUCAUCUGCGUCAUUUCAAGGUCUUGGUGGUAGACAAGGCAUGUCCGCUGUUAUCAACGGCGUGGUGAACAGCUCCGCUAGCAUUGGCCCCAUCGUGAAUGCAGCCACUGAUAGUAAAAUGAAGUCCAAUACCAAGCCAGUACCAUCAGAAAAGAUGCAAAGAAUUAUCCGCUUUCUAGCAGAGUCUUCCAUCGACCUGGAGCAAAUCAUCAAUGCAACCCAGCAGAUCGUGUCUCUGUACGAGGUAUGGGAAUCAUACAGUGAGAAGGCAGUCAAGGAGUCUCUUGCACGUAUUAUCAGAGGGAGAGGCUUGGACAAAUGA